AUGUACAAAGAGGUAUCAUGUACAGAAGAGGUUUUAUGCAUUAAAAAUAUAGGGAAGAAACCCCAAAUUAAUGAAAAAUGGCUCCAGCGGCAAAUAUAUAACAAAUUGAAGCAGGGUCCAGAAAAAUGUGGUGAAGAUAGCUCCACAACGAAAAUGAAGAUGACAUUGAGUAGUAGUAUAGGGGAAGAAAAUGUUAAAAAAAUUAUAAAAGCACUUUGCUAUAUAAAUGGAAGAAGGGGCAAUGAAAACGCAGGUUCGGAGGAAUAUUCCAUGGGAUGUAAAUUCCUUUAUUACCAUGUGGGUGACAUAUUGUCUGAAAAAUAUAGAGAUGAAAAUUUCAAGGAAAAUAUGGAAAAAAUUGAUGCAGCAAUAAAAGCUAAUGCUCAUCAACUGGGAAAAUGUUUCCAGGACACGUAUGAUGGUGUUGAAGUGUUCGAGGCGUCGAAAAUAUUGUUUGAUUUUAAAGAGGACGAAAGUACUAUAAAGGGACAACUUCAAGGGCAAGGAAGAACAAGAAAUUGUAAUGCAGCAUAUCGCGCACACUGGGAGAAAAUACAAAGCACUUAUGAAACUGUGCGUGGGAAAUGUAUGAGCAGAAAAGAGAGUGAGCGGUGUAGGAAAUUUAAAACGCUCUUCCCACGUUAUGAAAGUACCAGGAUUUUAGACCUAGAGUGUAAACCGGUUGGUACGGAGGCGCAUAAAUCAAGGGACCAGGAGCUGGAAGUUAUAUCACACCCGGAAGAUCCUGAGGCCAAGUUACAAUCAACAUCCUCCACUAAGGACGCAACAUCCACUGAUAUUACCACCACUGCCAUCUCUUCCACAAUUGCCACAUUCAUUGGAAUUCCAAUGUUGAGUUUUUUUUUAUAUAAGGUAAUUAUCGCAAUUAUAGUAAAAAUAUAA